AUGAAUGAAGAUGAGGACAACUUUGUGACAUAUGGGGAUCCUUUUGAUGAAGACGAUGCAGAAAAUUCCACCUUUCUUCAUCCCAAAUCCAGGCCUCAAGCCUAUGAGCAGCGUGUCUUGAACGAACGUGGUCGGCCCAUGAGAUUUCAUGGGGCAUUUACUGGUGGCUUUUCCGCUGGAUACUUCAAUACCGUCGGUUCUAAAGAAGGCUUUAGGCCUCAGUCAUUUACUUCAUCUCGGCGGAAUCGCAGUCAAAAUGCUGGUCAACAAGUCCUGUCCAAACCAGAAGAUUUUAUGGAUGAAGAGGACCUCGGUGAGUUUGGUAUUGCUCCCCGUCACUACCGAACGCGUCGUGAAUUCGACGAUCACCACAUUUUUGAUACGCUCUCUGAAUCUCUCGGUGGCAAAUCCGUCAUUCCCGAUGCCAGCGAUAUUCUCAAACGGAUGCUCAUUCCCAGCGGAACAAGUUUAGCUGACAGACUUCUUCGACGUAUGGGAUGGAAGUCAGAUGAGGUUGCAGCAGCACUGACUGAGGAAGAAGCUGAUGAAAAAAGUGACGCUACUCCGAAUAAAGAACGCGACUACGCGGUUAUCAGCUUCGCUCCAAAGACCAACACUUUCGGUUUGGGCUACUCCGGUCUCGAUCCGGAGAUUGCGUGGGGCCGACGUGCGCCCACUUCGAGUCAGGACCCUCGAUCUGAAUCAGUGAGUAGUCUGCAGCGACGCGAGCAAGAGAGCCACCUCGGAUUCAACCCCUCUACCGGUCUCGUGCGACAGGGCAUUCGCGGGCAAGCAUUCGGUGUGGGAGCGCUGCAUUCCGAAGAUGCCGAUAUCUAUGCCCAAGACAGCCUUGCCUCCUACGACUUCAGUAUCGGGGCAGGAGAUGAACACGAAAAAGAUGAUGAUGAAGAUUACGAAAUGGCCGAGCUUGAAGCCGCUCGCCACGGUCGAUUCUCGGACCUGAGGAAGCGGAUUAAGAGCAAAUCCACUAUUGAUGGGUGGACACCACCAACUCUUCCAAAAGUCCUGCUCUCCGGAGUGGAGGAAGAGCCUCAGACCGACGUUCUCGAGGGCUUCAUGAAACCAGUCGAAUCUGAGGCCUGUCUGGUGCUUACAAACGCCGAGUUCUUUGUCAUUCCGAAGCCAGUUAUCCUUCCACCGGGUUACAACCCCGUAUUCCACCUUGAAUGCCUUGGAGGGGGUGCGGAAUCGUCUUCGGAGGAAGUCUCGGAACCUUUAGUAAACACAACUGCGAUUUCUUCUGCUCCGCUUUUAAAGCCGUUUGUCAGUGAUUCUGCUAAACAGGCUCGGUUUGAGGCAUACCAACUCCUUCUCAGGCGGGGACUUUCUCACGAGGAAGCGUAUCAGCAAUGCUCAAGCGGGGCCUCCGAGCUGACCAUGGAGACUCGAGGCUUCGAGGCCAAUGUGUUUGCUACGCUACUGAGAAAUCUUGCUCCUGCCCCUUCUACUCAUGCCGCUGCUCCAACGGAGGCGCCAGUUACUGAUGCGCCUAAAACACAGGAACAGCAAAGGGACAAACGACCUCUAACAGCGGGCAUCUUGGACGCGGAGAAACAGAGACUUGUAGCUAAUCUGCUCAAAUCUCGCUUCCGUUCUGCUGGCGAAAUGGAUAUCGGUAAGGAGCUGACUGAAGCGCAAGAGGAGGAACGAAGAAGGGACAUCGGGGCGCUUGACAUGACUGAUCCUAGAGACAGUGCUGCUGCUAACGAGUCCUACGGUGUUCUUACUCGUCGUACACUAACUUGGCAUCCGGCGGCACUUCUCUGCAAGCGAGUCAACGUCGCUAACCCCUAUCCAGAUUCCACAUUCGUGGGAUGCCCAGAAGAUCGUCGAUUCCGACGUCCUCCUAAACGAAGCAGACGACGUCGCGAUGACAUCACUUCCAGCGAGUUCACUCUUUUCCAACUUCUUGACAUGAACGUGGGUGGUGAAGACGAUGGUGACAUGGAAGAUGACGAGGAAGAGGAAUUGGAGGAGGGUGAGGAAAUGGAACAGGGAAAAGAGGAAACUUCUUCCAUGUCUGCUUCUCUUGUCGCCUCAACGAAGCCUCCUAGUGUCCCUCCACCCUCCAUUUUCGAUGCUCUUUUUGCUGAAUCUGAGAAAGCUCAACAAAGAGUGGCAAAUGCUGAGGAAAGUGUACCCGCUCCUCCUUCCAAUGCGAUCUCACGAGUAAUCGGUCCAGCGGCACCUCCCGCUCCUGUCAACGCCUCAACAACGAAUGACUCUGGCGGCCCUUCGAUGGAUCUCUUUAAAUCUAUCUUUGCCUCCGAUGAGGAGCUAGAUGAUGAAGAUGAUGUGGAGGAGGUUGAAAAGGAGGCCAUGCCACCACCACCUUCAUCGCUCGAGGUUCGACCUUUGACGAUGUCCCCAUCCCGUGACAAGGCUGACGCCAACGGUGACAACAACACUAGCAAAGAUGGUACUGUCGAGCAAGUCCCAACUUCUCCGCCUCGUCCCGAGCCAGCUGUUCAUGACUUGUCCGUGCACAAACUAUUCAAGCAUCUGUUCAAUCCAGAACUGGAUAGUGAAGCCCCGCUAUUCGCCGUGUCGAGGGUUACUCACCAAAGGAGGGAAGAGAAGUCUAUGGAGGAUGCAAAAAAGGCAUCAUCAUCGGUAGGGGCAAAGCCAACUGCAGAAGAAGACUUCUACGGACCCUCCCUUCCUCCCGAUUUCGUUGAUGUUGGUGCAACCCAAUUGCUUCAUCAAUCACUCAUGUUUGAAACAUGCCUGCCUAGUGCCAUUGAGUCGUUGCCAAUGCUCGACAUGUUUUUCGAGGUCCUCAUUCGCAUUUCCCAAAUUUGCUCUCUAGGACCUGUUGCACAAUCCAAUAUUUCCCUUUCCAUUCCCAAUGACUCCCCCGAUUUGUCCUCCGACUCAGUAGACUUCGUCGAAUGGAAGCUUGCCUUCACCUCAGCCUCAUCUUCAUCCCGAUCCUGCUUUGCUCGUAUGCAUAAUGGGGUAGAGGACAAUGGGGAAACGGAACCGACAGAUAAUGCGAGAAACUGGUUUUGGUAG